CCCCGAGGUCUCUGGCAGUUGAUCGGCUCGUCCGAUCACCCGCCAUGUGUCCUAUCUUCGCCUCCUCCCCUCUGCUCCGUCUCCUUCUCCCCCGGUCUCUUUCUGAGGAAGCCGACGACGACGGCUCUGACUCUCCUUCUUGCUCCCUCUCUGCCACCCCAUCACCCCCGCCAUCGCCAUGAGCUUUGCCAUCGACCGAGCUUUCAGUAAUCAGUUGCUGAUGCCACGGGGAGAGAUCUCAACCAUCCGCCAAGUGCAUCAUCCGCGGAUAAGCCCCAACUUCAUGCGCCUUGCGCAGUUUUUCGGCAUUGCGGGUGUGUACGGCACGACAGAGUUCCGGUUCACGAGCAAUCCCCAGGUGGUGGCGCUAGCCGAGGCAACGACGUUCCAACGGCGAGCGGCCCCAGGAAUUAGCCACGUGUCUACCGUGGUAGUCUUCAGCGGUGACAUCACCGCCUUCGAUCCGGCGCGCUCACAAGGCACGGUGACGAGUGCUAUCCUGUCGACGACAUCGAGGUCAACACGCUGCACACAACGCUGCGCGAGCCACCUGUCGUCCUCCCAGAACUUGCUCCCUUCCAGCCGCGCAGAUGAGCCGCGCGCCAAUCUCGACGUUUUCUCUCCCUCUCUCUUCCCCAUCUUCUCGCAGUCCUCUCACUUCCCUCGUCUCUCCUUCCGCCUGGAGCCGCUGACAGUACCCAUCGUUGAUCCGGAUUGUUGGAGGCUGUGGCGUGCAGAGUUCGUUGAACUCUCGUUCUGCCUGCUACGAGUGGAUCUAAACUGGACGUGGAAAGGCGAUCAGAGGGCCGCGUCAGAGACCGUGGAGCUGCUCAUCAUCCAGGCGUGGAGGACCAAUGUGGCGGGAGACCUUUUGGGAUUCGUCUUUGGAGCAGUGAAUCGGGGAAACCGAUCACAGAUCGCACGCGAACUUACGAUCGUGAUCGCGCGACUGGCCGACGAACUCCCCCUUGACAUCGUCUCUCAGAGCGACGAAGAGCCCGAAGCAGAAGAGGAUUCGGAAGGAGAAUUAAGGAGAGAGGCCGGGGAAGCAGCGGCCCGGUUGGCCGAGGACGAGGAAGAAGAACGCGAAGCAGAAGAAGAGUCCGCAGAACCUGAAGAAGAAGAAGAAGACGCAGAGGAGGAGACUUCGGAAGAAGAGGAGGAAGCCUAUAGUGAGCACAGCGAGGGCAAGCCAAGUGAGGAGGAGGACGAAGACGACGACGAAGAAGUGGAAAGCGGAGACAACCAGGAGCCAACGCACGACGACGAGCUCGAGUGGGUGCCUGGACCGGAUCGACGAGAGGAGAACCCUGAGGCUGCCGCACAGCGCAAGAAAGAGGUUGCGAAGGGAAAGAGGUCGGUGAUCGACCCCACAUCGAACGAUCCUUCCAACGAUCCCGAGCCGCCCAAGUCGGAACAUGGGGACCUUGCUGCCACGACCUCGAGCGCCGCGACGACAAGGCGCUGAUCCCGAUCCCGAUCCCCGUCCCCCUCUGCCUCCGCCCGUCCCCCAAUCCGUCAACGUAUCAAUGAGGGGCUUCGCCCUUCGUCC